CCUCCAGCCUCCCCGGGGUCGGCGGCCAGCUGCGCUUUGUGGCUGCCCGCCAAGCCAGUCUUGGGAAGAGUGCAGGCUCCCCAGCUCUAAGCCAGGGAGUGGGGCACAGGGAGGACCCACUGAAGUGCUGCCCCAGGCACUGCUUGGCCUCCUGGGGCAGGCCCCACUUCUCAGCUAGCAUACCCACGUCCUGGGGUCGCUGCACCAAAUGCUGCGACUCGUUUCUGCCCCGCACUCAGCUCCAGGCCUGGCCUUGGGUGCCCGCCCUGCGUGGGCAGUGCCUGCCCAGCUUCAUAAUUGCCCUAGAGUUGGCUGGAGGCCCAGAGAUCAGUUCUGCCCACGAUCUUUGAAGUAAGUCUCUCCCAGUUGCGCUCCACACACUUCAUCAACUGGGGGCAGUUCUCUCUCUCACCCCCAUCUCCACCCCAGGUUGGGUCCCUCUUUGCCCUUCUUCCUCUCUCCCAAAUGGCACUUGGCUCUGCAGCCACCCAUCAGUUUUCACACCCGCUUAGUUCCAGCUUCCUUGCCUCAGGAGAAACCAGGUUCCAUGGAGACUGAUCCUGGGAUCUCAAAGCACCUUGUGCCUGCUGUGGAAUGGGAUGCUGGGCCCGGGAGGUGCUGGUCCCCGAGGGGCCCUUGUACCGCGUGACUGGAACAGCUGUCUCCAUCUCCUGCAAUGUGACCGGCUACGAGGGACCUGCCCAGCAGAACUUCGAGUGGUUCCUGUAUAGGCCUGAGGCCCCAGAUACUGCACUGGGCAUUGUCAGUACCAAGGAUACCCAGUUCUCCUAUGCUAUCUUCAAGUCCCGAGUGGUGGCGGGUGAGGUGCAGGUGCAGCGCCUACAAGGUGAUGCUGUGGUGCUCAAGAUUGCCCGCCUGCAGGCCCAGGAUGCUGGCAUUUAUGAGUGCCACACCCCCUCCACUGAUACCCGCUACCUGGGCAGCUACAGCGGCAAGGUGGAGCUGAGAGUUCUUCCAGAUGCCCUCCAGGUGUCUGCUGCCCCCCCAGGGCCCCGAGGCCGCCAGGCCCCAACCUCACCCCCACGCCUGAUGGUGCAUGAGGGGCAGGAGCUGGCACUGGGCUGCCUGGCGAGGACAAGCACACAGAAGCACACACACCUGGCUGUGUCCUUUGGGCGAUCGGUGCCUGAGGCACCAGUUGGGCGAGCAACUCUGCAGGAAGUGGUGGGAAUCCGGUCAGACUUGGCCGUGGAGGCCGGAGCUCCCUAUGCUGAGCGACUGGCUGCAGGGGAGCUUCGUCUGGGCAAGGAAGGGACCGAUCGGUACCGCAUGGUAGUAGGGGGUGCCCAGGCAGGGGACGCAGGCACCUACCACUGCACUGCCGCUGAGUGGAUUCAGGAUCCUGAUGGCAGCUGGGCCCAGAUCGCAGAGAAAAGGGCUGUCCUGGCCCACGUGGACGUGCAGACACUGUCCAGCCAGCUGGCAGUAACAGUGGGGCCUGGUGAACGUCGGAUCGGCCCAGGGGAGCCCUUGGAACUGCUGUGCAAUGUGUCAGGGGCACUUCCCCCAGCAGGCCGUCAUGCUGCAUACUCUGUAGGUUGGGAGAUGGCACCUGCGGGGGCACCUGGGCCUGGCCGCCUGGUAGCCCAGCUGGACACAGAGGGUGUGGGCAGCCUGGGCCCUGGCUAUGAGGGCCGACACAUUGCCAUGGAGAAGGUGGCAUCCAGAACAUACCGGCUACGGCUAGAGGCUGCCAGGCCUGGUGAUGCGGGCACCUACCGCUGCCUCGCCAAAGCCUAUGUUCGGGGGUCUGGGACCCGGCUUCGUGAAGCAGCCAGUGCCCGUUCCCGGCCUCUCCCUGUGCACGUGCGGGAGGAAGGCGUGGUGCUGGAGGCUGUGGCGUGGCUAGCAGGAGGCACAGUGUACCGGGGGGAGACUGCCUCCCUGCUGUGCAACAUCUCUGUGCGGGGUGGCCCCCCAGGACUGCGGCUGGCCGCCAGCUGGUGGGUGGAGCGACCAGAGGACGGAGAGCUCAGCUCUGUCCCUGCCCAGCUGGUGGGUGGCGUGGGCCAGGAUGGUGUGGCAGAGCUGGGAGUCCGGCCUGGAGGAGGCCCCGUCAGCGUAGAGCUGGUGGGGCCCCGAAGCCAUCGGCUGAGACUGCACAGCUUGGGGCCCGAGGAUGAAGGCGUGUACCACUGCGCCCCCAGCGCCUGGGUGCAGCAUGCCGACUACAGCUGGUACCAGGCGGGCAGUGCCCGCUCAGGGCCUGUUACAGUCUACCCCUACAUGCAUGCCCUGGACACCCUGUUUGUGCCUCUGCUGGUGGGUACAGGGGUGGCCCUAGUCACUGGUGCCACUGUCCUUGGUACCAUCACUUGCUGCUUCAUGAAGAGGCUUCGAAAACGGUGAUCUCUUACUCCCCAGGUCUUGCAGGUGUUGACUGUCUUCCGGCCCAGCUCCAAGCCCUCCUCUGGUUGCCUGGACACCCUCUCCCUCUGUCCACUCUUCCUUUAAUUUAUUUGACUUCCCACUACCCAGAAUGGGAGACAUGCGUCCCCUUCCCCACUCCUUCCCUCCCAAGCCCCUCCCUCUGGCCUUCUGUUCUUGAUCUCAUAGGGAUCCUAUAGAGAGGCCAUUCCCCAUCCUGGAAUUAGUUUUUCUAAAAUGUGAAUAAACUGGUUUUAUAAAAAGCA